UUGAAUAUCAUUCGUCAUAUCUUUAGGUUUCUGGUUGCUGUAACGGAGUGUUACUUUCCUGAAAGCUACUACGAUCGUAGCUUAACGGGGGCUCAAGCGGAUCAACUAAUACUGAACGAGAUCGCGAAGCAAAAGCUGCCAUUGUUAAUGGAGCAUUUGAAACUUUGUGACGUGGAGUUACCAGUCAUAACUCUGACUUGGUUCAUAACACUGUUCUAUAACUCCGUUCCGUUCGAGACCAUGUUGCGAAUCUGGGACUGUUUCUUACUGGAAGGCCCAAAGGUUCUCUAUCGAUUUUCCUUGGCGUUUCUCGAUGCCUUCCAGAAAACAGUCCUGAAUAUCACGGACAACAUUAGCAUUAUAAACGUAUUCAAGAAAACAUUGGAAGUGACGUACGACGCGGACACCAUAGUACAGGUGCGUUGUUGCCGCCGACUUUACUAUAUGAAUACGUUGUUAUUACUGUAA